AUGAUUCAUGAGGUCUUUGAAACGAUUUUCGGACAUGAUGUGAGUAUCAUAGGAAGGGUCCCAAUUCAUGGGAUUUAUAAAACAGUUAACAAUGGUGGCGGUGGUGAUGAAAGGAGAUUUCGAACAAGUGUGCUUCAUCAGAAGGGUCGUCGAUGCACAUCGAUCGGAAAUGCAUAUGGGCGGAAGUGGUUGCAAAAAUUAAACCCAUUCCCGAGUGGGCAAAACAGAACACGGUCACUACCUGCUCUAUUGGUGAUGAUGAAGACGAUUGCUAUUGCCCCUUCCAAAUUGAGCAAGUGUCUUCAUUUCCGCUGUGCAUUUUACUCGAGUCGUCCUGAAUCUCCCAGAAAUCUUGAAGGAUGUUCAAAAAAGUAUAAUUCCCAUUCAGGCGACCUAGCUCUAGGUGAUGCACUGCCGAUGUUUGAUAAAAUGCUUCAAAGACGACCUCUUCCCUCAAUUGAAAACUUUACCAAAUUAAUAUCCACUGUCGUCAAAUUCAAGCGAUAUUCUACUGCUAUGUCUAUGAUACAUCGAUUAGGCCUGUUAGGUCUCAACCCUUUGGUGAAGCCUGAUAUAUAUACGUUCCACAUCGCAAUAAACUGUUUUUGCCAUUCAAAUCGAGUGCGUUUCGGGUUUUCAGUUUUAGGGAAUGUUAUGAAGCUGGGUUACGAACCAAACUGCCCAAUUUUCAAUACAUUGAUCCGGGGUCUAUGCAAUAAUGGUAAACUCUAUCAAGCAGUCAGCUUUUUUGACCAAAUCGUAAAGAAUGGGUUUGAACCUAAUGUGGUUACUUAUAACACGUUAAUUAAUGGGCUUUGUAAACUGGGAAACACUUCUUCUGCCAUCAUCUUGCUCAAGAAGAUGGAAAGAUCUAGGGUUUGUAAGCCUGACAUUGUUGCAUACAGUACAAUCAUAGAUAGUCUUUGCAAGGAUGAACAGGUAACCGAUGCAUUAAAACUCUUCUAUAAGAUGAUUGAAAGAGGAAUAACACCCAAUGUCAUAACUUAUAAUUGUUUGAUUCAAGGCGUGUGUAACUCUGAAUUAUGGGACAAAGCCAAAAGACUUUUAGAGGAGAUGUUUGCUCAAAAUAUCCAACGCGAUGUACAAACAUUUAACAUCUUAGUUGAUGCACUAUGUAAAGAAGGGAAAGCAACAGAAGCACACAAUCUGUUUGCAUCCAUUAUUAAAGAAGGUGAAUCACCUGAUACUGUAACUUACAAUUCAUUAAUGGAUGGGUAUUGUUUGGUUGACAGGGUAGAUGAUGCAAGAAAUUUAGUAGAUCACAUGAUGAUACAUAAUUGUGCACCUUGUGUUAUAAGUUAUAACACUUUAAUUAAUGGGUACUGUAAAAGUAAAAGACUUGAUGAAGCAUUGAGUCUCUUUAAGGAAAUGUCAAGAAAUGGGAUUCAUCCUAAUGUUGUAACGUAUAGUACUCUUAUCAGUGGUUUGUGUCAUGAUGGGAGACUCAAGGAUGCAAUGAUACUUUUUGAUGAGAUGAAAACUUGUGGUUUGAAAGCGAAUAUUGUUACUUAUAGCACAUUGGUGGAUUCUUUUUGUAAACAUAAGAGAGUAAAAGAGGCAUUAGAGAUGUUUGCAAAGAUUGAUGAUGUUGGGUUGAUUCCUAAUAUUGUCACUUGUAAUUGCCUAAUAGAUGGUUUGUGUAAAGAUGGGAAACUUGAUGCAGCAAAUAAAUUGUUUUCAGAACUUUCUGCUAGAGGGUUGAAACCUAAUGUUAGGACAUAUAAUAUUAUGAUGAAUGGGUUUUGUAAAAGGGGUAAACUUGAUGAAGCAGAUGAGUUACUUUUAAAGAUGAUUGAUAGUGGUUGUUUUCCAGAUGGUUUUACUUAUAAUAUAAUAGUUCAGGGAUUUAUAAUGCACAAAGAAAUGGUGAAGGCGAUUUCAAUGCUUGAAAGAAUGCGUGAUUGUGGUUUUGCAGCAAAUGCGUAUACAUCGACUUUGAUGGUUGAAUUGUUGACUACACAUAGGCUAGAAUUAGAUGAUUCAUGUAAGAAAGCUCUUGAGAUUUUCUUUAAAAAAAAUUGA